AUGGAACCAGAAGUACUUAUUAUUGAGAUAAGCGGGGAACGCACCUAUAAGAUCUUUUCAACUGGAGUUUCGGUAGUAAUGGUGGAUUUAGAGAGAUUGGACGAGUAUUUAGUUGGAAAAGUACAUUUGUUUGUCUUGAUACCUAGUAAUAUGGACCGGAAAGAGAUUCAUAAACUGACUCGGACUUUCUUUGCUAAGUCAAAGAUAGAGUCUAUUUCAGUGAUGUAUGCUUCUGUAGCUGCAUCUUUGGCUUUGGGCGUACAGAAUGUAGCUAUGGUAAGUUUAGAGUAUGGUGGAUCGGGUGAGAUUUGGUGUUCAGUCGAUUUAGUUAAUCGGUCUAGUUUAGUGUAUACUAGUUCAGUAACGAAACGAGUGAGUUGGGAGGAGGGAGUAGAUUUAGUGAUGGAAUUACUUCAUUCGGCGGGGUUUAGAGGAGUGACAUCUUCUUUGCAUUUACGUGGUGAGAAUGGGCUGGUAGAGCAAAUGAUGGGGGCUUUACAGGAAAGGGGAGUCUUUGCAUUAGGUGGGGAAGUGAAUGGGGAAGAGUUAGAAAUUCAAAAAGGGUACCACUUAGUGGAAUUUCCGGUUUAUUUUCAGCGGAUGAUGCCGCAUAAUAUGUUGCCCGAUUCAAAUAUUAUCUAUGUAGGGGCUGUUUUAACUAUUAUGAUCAAUUAUUUUGAAAUCAAAGAAGUGAACACUCGUGAAGACUUUGAAGCGGGUAUCACUAAACAUUUAAUUCUUAACUAG